AUGUCCAUGUAUGAGCAGCUUAGUAUGACUCAAAGCAAAUCUACCGGAUUUCCUGCUUCACAUACACACUUUGUGUCUCGAGAGCCUGCUGGAGUACCUUUCAAACCCUACAAGUAUGCCAUACGAAGCCAGACCAAUGCUGAUCUUGAAGCGGAUAGUUCUUUAGCCAAAGGCCGAAUGCCACAGUUUCGUGCUGAUCGUCCAGGUCCACAUGUUGGAAACCCAUCUGCAUUACAUAUGGGUGAAAUGAACCCAUCAAGCCAGCAGCAUAAGCAUACGUUUAUGCGAGCUGUUACAGAUGAAGAUUCAUACCUAUUGCAUCGAUCAUCUGACAUGGCUGCAUCUAUAUUUGAUAUGCGUGUUCAGCUCAAUACAAACUAA